UUGGUAGUACGAAUGCCGCACCACGGCCACCGAUCGCCACACCCCAGCCGCCACGCCGUCCACACGACCAUGGCAAUCAGGCAGCACCUGAGCACGAGCUCCGCCCACUAGCCCCGCGCUGCCACCACCAAAGCCGACGUCCCGGCAGCGAAGACCACACCACUCCCAUCAACAUGGACCACUGACGCUGAGGCCGGAAAAGCAGGCCCUUUUGGUAAGUCCGGAACCCCGCCGGUCGGAGCAGUGCAGGGGGAGGCCACCCGGCCACGCUGCAGCCACCACGCCAUUUCUCGAACCGGGUCCAGGUCACCGUCGCCACCCCUGGCAACAGCAAGACCCGGAGGCACCCCUGCCAAUCCCCCGGAGCGCCCAUGUCACCGAGGCCAGCCAAAGGCGAGAAGCGCUGAGCCGCCGUGCUCCACCUGUCAGGUGCGCUGCCAACCGUAGAGUCGAACGCCCCAGGAAUCAAGAGGAGGGGGUCGAACCACCGCCACUACGCCGCCACCCCGACCAACCGAGAGGUCCUCGGCCAAGGCAGCCGUCCACGGCACCGCGAGGUCAGAUUUGGCCGAGCCACCGCGGCCGCCGUCCCCAACCUCAGCCCGCACCGCCACCACCCACUGCCACUGCGCCACCACCAUCCGCCGUGGCCACGGCAAAGGUGGCCACCACCAGCCUGGGCCGACCGCAGCCCGCGCCGGACCACGCCGCCGCCGUCUCUGGCACCCCAGGUGCGCCACCCACCUGGCCACCUGCCGCGGGGAGGCAGGGGCGCCCGGGCGCCGCAUUUGCCCGUCACACCGCUGUGGAGCCCGGCUGCAGCGCCACGUUCCGGCCCGGGACGCCGGCCCGCGCCAGCACCACCCGAGCAGGAAGACACAGGGCCCCGUCCCCGCCGGCGACGGCAGGGCUUUGCCUGGUCGUGCCCCCGGGCGGCAGCGAGGGAGGAGGAAGGAGAAGGAGGGGGCGGCGGCGGGGAUACAAUGUAAUCGGCAUGCACAAAGUUAAGUUAACUAGAUAAUACCCCGCACGUUACUGCGGGAACCAAUUGCAACAUAUUUUGAGUGAUUUAAUUUUGUGAAACAUGAGUAGCUGAAUUAAGAACAUAUGAACUAAAACUAAAACACAUAUCAUAUAUUGUAUUUGAUUACUGUGUAGUCGAAACAUAUAUUGAAUAUAAGUAGCAUAAUACAAUGAAUUUUUUUUCUCAUGCAUGUUGAGUGGACCUUCGAUGAGGUGACAUGUGUGGUGAGGUGGGAUGUGUGCAUGGGAUCAACCAAUAAUGGAAUUUUUUCCCCAUACAUGUUGUGGUGGGCCUUUGAUGAGCUGGCAUGUGUGCAUGUUAAGAUAUUAGAGAUAGUGGGAACGAACUAUUUAGGUUAUAUAGGAUGAGUUUAUAUCUUAAAAAAAGGUAUAUAGGAUGAAUACAAUCAGAAUACAUUUAACUGUAGCUCUGAUAGAGAGACGUCUUUAUCCAAAAACUCGACAAAUUAGUGAUUCCUUCCAAAUUAUGGUGCUAUAUCGUGCUAUUUAUUUUGUAAUUAUCAUUAACAAGUCUCAUGGAUUUAUUAUGAGUAACACUGUACAUUGCAUCAGCCGCUUAAGAAACAUCAACUUGUUGGUGGGACAGAUCAUCCUGAGUUGUUCAUAAGUCAGCUAUUUUGAGAAGACAAUGUCAGCUUCAGAGUUCAGGAUUCCUUACCAGCCAGUAUCAUCUUCGCAGCCUUCGGAGAAUACAGGUCAGUUCAAGAUAUGCCGAUGUGGAGAGGGAGACCUGAACUCCCAGACUGGUGAAACCGGUGAUAGUCCACAAACUGCAUGUCCUAACUGCCAGGUUCUUAAGAGUGGACAUUUACUGCUUUCAUCUAAAGGGAUUGGUUGGACAACAUGGAAAAAGCGCUGGUUUAUUCUUACAAGGGCAUCAUUAGUGUUCUUCAGAAGUGACCCUAAUGCACCUCCCAGAGGAAAUGAACCAGUUGUUACACUUGGUGGAAUCGACUUGAAUAACUCCGGAAGUGUUGUAGUCAAAGAAGACAGGAAACUUUUAACAGUGUUAUUUCCUGAUGGCCGCGAAGGGCGUACUUUUACUCUGAAGGCAGAAACUACGGAAGAACUCAACGAGUGGAGAAAUGCAUUAGAGAGUGCUUUAGCGCAGGCACCAAGUGUAGCGAGUACAGUGGGGCAAAAUCCAAUAUUUAACGCUGAUGGAACAGAAUCUUCUGAAGCUUCAACUGAACAGUCGGAGGAUAAAUCAUCUGUUAUUGGGAGACCUGCACAGUUUGCACUUAUAGAGGCUGAUGGUAGUCCAGCUUUCCUGGAGAAGGCCUUGAGGUUCAUUGAAGAUUAUGGUUGCAAGGGAGAAGGAAUCCUCCGUCAAUCUGCUGAUGUUGAAGAAGUCAAACGCAGAUUUCGUGAUUAUGAUAAGGGAAAGAAAGAGUUCUCCCCAGAUGAGGAUGGGCAUGUUAUUGGUGACUGUAUUAAGACUAUUCUUCGAGAGAUGCCAGCUUCGCCAGUUCCUGCAGCAUGUUGCACCGCGCUGGUUACAGCUUACCGAACUGACAAGACAAAAAGACUUGAUGCUUUAAAUAAAGUUGUAUAUGAAGUUUUCCCGGAACCAAAUCGGCAAUUACUGCAGAGGAUCCUUAAGAUGAUGAUGAUCGUUGGAUCACACAAAGCUGUGAACAGGAUGUCUAAUUCCGCUUUGGCGGCUUGUAUGGCACCACUCCUUCUUCGUCCUCUUCUUCUUGGUGAAUGUGAAAUUGAUAAAGACUUCAGUAUGGCUGGGGAUGGUUCAUUCCAGCUGCUUCAAGCUGCCGCUGCAGCCAACCAUGCUCAAGCUAUUGUUAUCAUUAUGCUUGAGGAAUAUGAUCAGAUAUUUGAUGACAUAGAAGAAGGUUCUUCGGACGCUUAUACUGAGUCUGACGACGGUGAUGUUGACAAGGAAUAUUCUACAGAUAAUGACAACCAUGAUGAGGAUGGUUCUUAUGAUUCUGGUGAUGAUGACAUUGAAGAAGACUUGGAUGAUAAUACCGAACACUCUUCUGGCGGCAGUGAAUGUGAUGGCAAUAGUAGAAUCAAUGCCAAACGUGACAAGAUGAAAGUGGGAAAAACAGAACGUGGUUUGUCAAGGGAGGACAAAGGAUCACAUGCAUCCACAGAUCAUAUAGCAAAAUCCCAUUCAUCAUCUUCGAAAGCAAAAUUUAUGAAGUCAAGCAGCUCAGCUAAUAGGGACAAAAAGACAUUAUGGGGCCGUACUUCAGCAAGAAAGGACCUGGACGUUGAGGGCUGCAGUGAUGAUGAGGCUCUUAUUGAGAAGCUUGAGAACAACAAGGCCGAUCUCCAAUCUAAAGUUUCAAAGGAGGUCAAAGAAAAUAAAAACCUCCAGACAAGUCUAGAAAAGCGGAAAGGAACAUUACAUGAAUGCCGUUUAGCACUUGAAAAAGAAGUGGAAACUUUGCGAGAUCAGCUGCAUAAGGAGAGAAGUUUGAGGGCCUCAUUGGAGUCUGGCCUGAUGAAUAUGCGAAGAGGGCAGGUGUCCCUCCCGUCGUCAGUAGACAGCAAGACUAAGGCUAAUCUUGAGGAAGUUGCUGCUGCUGAAGCUGAUGUUUUGAAUUUGAAGCAAAAGGCUUGUGAUCUACGCGGACAACUCAGCAGCCAGGCCCAGCUAAGCUCCAUCUCACUAUGUGAAUCAUGCAACAAACGGCUCCAAGACAAGCUUGCCGAAGAGAAACAAAAUGAAAUCAGCUCAUCAACCGAAGCAUCAUCGGCUAUUGGGGCCAAUUCUUUAUCUCGAAUGUUACCCAAUGCAGGCAUGGCGGAUAUUGUUGAACAAUUGAGAAGGCAAGCCGCACAGAAUUCGUCUUCUUCAACAGGUGCUCAAAGAUUGUUGAGGCAAAACUCAAAUAGUCUACACAGGCUUCAAGGACCGAAUGCCUUUUCAAGUAAUAGAACAGAGGAACCUGGGGGUGGACCACCAACUGCAUUAGCUAAGCUGACAAACCGGCUCAACUUCUUGAAAGAAAGAAGGGCAAUGCUCGCAAGUGAGAUGCAAAACUUAGAUUUGGCUCGCCCACCAACGGCUGCAGCUCCAAAUAAAGACUCCACAUGAGGACUGGGAAUUUGACACUGCAUCAUCUUAAAGCUAGAAAAUCAAGUAGUGGAGCGAUGCACAUAUGACAGCGCCACAGGGACUAUGAGGUGGAGAUGCAUAUGAUAAUCCUACCGUGAGAGUUGGACCCAGUUCAAGAUGCGUGCACAUGUAUUUUCAUUGGAGGAGCAUCGCUGGUAGUGUUCACCAAAAUCGCUGAUCGCACGAACAGCCUAGUUUUAGAGUACCAUAAUUAAUUAACCCCACAGUUUUAUUGUGUUUCCAUAAUGACAUUUUGAAAGUAUUGAAUUGUGGCAUGUAUAAGAAACAUAUCUCCGUAAAUUCUAGACCACAGCCAAAGUGCUCUUCCAAAUGCAGCCUGAGAGAGUUUGACCGUA